AUGAUAGCCAUUGACAUGAGACCAUACUCUGUCAUCGACAGCGAUGGAUUCAGAGAACUUAUCAAAGUUAUGGAUGGCAGGUAUAGCAUCCCAUCGAGAUGGUUCUUUUCCGAAAAAGUGAUACCUGAGAUAUAUUCAGAAGUGAAAGACGCUAUAAAGAUCGAUCUCUCGAAAGCUCUUCCCGGGAUUAGCUUCACAACCGACAUGUGGAGGUCUCACCAGAACAUAGAGUACAUGGUGGUGACAUUUCAUUGGACAACUCUGAAGGAUGAAAUGUUCCAGAGAAGACAAGCUCUUGUUAGCUUGGAGGAAUUCGCAGAGAAGGCAACAUCAAAGCACAUUCGAGAUCGCUUGACAGCUAUCGCCAAUGAGUGGGUACCCGCCAACAAUCAGCUACUAUUCGGCUCAAGCGACAACGGAGCAAACAUCCGCCGAGCCCUCAUCGACUGUACGAAAGAGAACAUGAUACGGGGAUGGGUACCGUGCAUCGCCCACUGUCUCAACCUUGUGAUGAAGGGAGGCAUCGACACCCAACGUGCUGUAGGAGAUACGAUUUCGGCGUUGCGAACGUUGGUGUCGAAAGUCAACAAUUCUCAGCCUGUCAAGCGGCGAUUCGACGAGUUGCUAGGCAUCCACUACCCAAAUACCAAGCACGUCAAAUUGACAAGAGAUGUGGAAACUAGAUGGAACUCCACCUUGACGAUGUUGGAGAACAUCACCUCACAGCGGGAUGCGGUCGAAGCACUGGCCAAUGAUAGGGUGAUGACUCCGUUUGCAGAUUUUUCAAGACCACGGGCAUUCCAGCACUGGUCUGACGCUCUUGACAUCAUUUCAAGGGUUGUUGCCGCCCUCAAGCCAGCAGAGGAGGCAAUAAAAUUAGCGUCACAAGACGAUUGUAGCGUUUCAUCAUUUCUACCCAUGGUUAAAGGGCUGGCGAAGCAGCUACAGCUUCUGCAGGAUGCUGGGGAGGUAACAGGGGUCAUAAGCAUGGUUGAAACGUUCCAGAAUCUAUGGGAGAAACGGAUGAGAUGGAUGAUGUCUCCCAAGCCAACAUCCCGUAUUGACUACUUAGAGGAAGAGACGAUCAUCGCUACUUUCCAUGCCGCUACCGUUUUGGAUCCCAGGUACAAGAUGAAGUUCGCUCCAAGGGAUGAAAUCUUCCGGAACAAAAUCAAGGAGGCCAUCUCGACAUCAGUUGUUGGACUCUCUGACAAUGAGAAGAAUCUUGACGAUGUCGUCGAACUUUCCGAUCCAGAUACCCCUGAACAAGCCACCCAGUUGCCUUCACACUCGGAUCGUCCAAGCUUCAUGUCAGCAAUGGAGGCUGCCAUGAUGGAAUCAUCUCCAUCUACCUCUGAAAAUGAAGAUGAGACCCCUGCUCAAAGUGACAUCAAAAAGUCAAUUGCCCACGAAUUGGAAGUAUAUCUCCAGCAGCCAGUUGCAAAACUCGACAGCAACGUUUUGGAGUAUUGGAGCAGUCGCAGACAAACCUUCCCCAACUUAGCGCCAGUUGCUGCUGCCUACCACGCUUGCCCACCAUCCAGUGUCACUGCAGAACGGAUGUUUAGUGUCGCAGGUGACAUCGUAACAAAAAAAAGGUGUUCGUUAACUCCACACAACCUGCAGCGACUCGCCAUGAUAAAGGUAAACAAGAACUAUAUUGAAUAA